ACGUCACGAGAUUGACAGCUCGCCGCCUUCCGCCACUUCCACAGCCAUUGCCGGGCGAGGUUCGCGUCGACUGCCCAGAGUCCGCGAAUCGCUCGCAAAUUCACCACCAUCACCAACAACAACACCACCAACAACAUCACCACCAUCAACAACAACCAAGCACGAAGCGAUCCCGCAGCGAGUGGAAACCAGACUCCGUCCAACGUGCACCAUGUCUCAGUACAGCUUCCUGCUGGAGCCCAUCUCCUGCCACUCGUGGAAUAAAGACCGCACACAGUUGGCGCUGAGCCCCAACAACCACGAGGUGCACAUCUACCAGAAGAGCGGCACCCAGUGGAACAAGCUGCACGAGCUCAAGGAGCACAAUGGGCGCAUCACCGGCAUCGACUGGGCGGCGCAGAGCAACCGCAUCGUGACGUGCGGCGCCGACCGCAACGCGUACGUGUGGACGCUCAAGGACGGCGCCUGGAAGCCGACGCUGGUGAUCCUGCGCAUCAACCGCGCCGCCACCGCCGUCAAGUGGUCGCCGCAGGAGAACAAGUUCGCCGUGGGCAGCGGCGCCCGCCUCAUCUCCAUCUGCUACUUCGAGGAGGAGAACGACUGGUGGGUGAGCAAGCACAUCAAGAAGCCCAUCCGCUCCACCGUGCUCAGCCUGGAUUGGCACCCCAACAACGUGCUUCUGGCGGCCGGCUCCUGUGACUUCAAGUGUCGCAUCUUCUCGGGGUACAUCAAGGAGGUGGACGCUAAGCCCUCGCCCACGUCCUGGGGCACCAAGAUGACCUUCGGCCAGGUGAUGGCAGAGUUCGGCUCUGGCGCUGGCGGCUGGGUUCACAGCGUGAACUUCUCGGCCAGUGGGGAGCGGCUGGCGUGGGUCAGCCACGACAGCACCGUCUUCGUGUCCGACGCGGCAAAGAACAUGGCUGUGACUGAGCUGAAGACGGAGUAUCUGCCGCUGCUGGCGCUGAUGUUCAUCACCGAGAACAGCCUGGUGGCUGCUGGCCACGACUGCUGCCCGCUGCUCUUCACGUACAACGGCAGCGCGCUGGCGCAGGGCGGCCGCCUGGACGUGCCCAAGCAGAGCUCCCAGCGCAGCCUCUCGGCCAUGGAGCGCUUCCGCAACAUGGACAAGCGCGCAGCGGCCGACGAGGGAAAAGCGGCGCUGGACACGCUGCACCAGAACAGCAUCACGCAGCUGUCCAUCGUUGCGGGCGACAAGAAGAGCUGCAGCAAGUUCUGCAGCACCGGCAUGGACGGGGCCAUGACCAUCUGGGACUGCAAGAGCCUGGAGUCGUCCAUUCAAGGGCUCCGCAUCGCCUGAAGAGCGUCCGUCGCUCUCGGAGGAGAAACGGAAUGAAAUUCCCUUUUCUUAAGUCAUUCCGGCGCACGCAUGCUGCCACGCUUUAUAAUCGACAUUUUUUUAAUGUAACUAAAAAAAAAUGAAAAUCAAGCCCCCCCCCCCCCCCCCCCCCGCUUAAACGUAUAAAACAUCGGAGAGUAACGAACGCCACAAGGUCCAAGUGAGAAAAUCCUGCGUACGUGAACCCUCCCGUGUAAAUGUAACCUGUGCCAAAUUAAAACGCAUUUUUACAGCU